AUGAAAGGUUGGGGAGUAUUUGAGAUUGACAUCAAUCGCGACCAGCUUAUUGCCAACACCGUGCUGGUCGUGAUUGCCACGAUCCUGGUGAUACUGCGGUUCAUAUCCCGUCGCAUCCGGGAGAGCAAGAUCUGGUGGGACGAUGUACUGUGUAUUGUCGCGUCCCUGCAUCUGUUUGCUCUGCUGGCCGUGGAGUACUACUGGGCCCAUAUUGGAAUGCGGCGCCUCAUCACGGCCAUUCCGAUGGAGAACACCGUUAUGCUGUACAAGACGCUUAUAGUCUACCAGAUUCUAUACUACGAUGCCAUGGUCUGCACCAAAAUUAGCUAUCUGUUUUUCUAUCUGCGAAUAUUCGUCUCGAAGGAGUUUCGCCUCGCAACAUGGAUCUGCAUGAUGUGCGCAGCGGCGUACUGGCUCGGUGCCAUUCUCCAGGUCUUUCUCUUGUGCCAGCCGUUCGAGAAGAACUGGAACCCGACCAAACCGGGGCAUUGUGCGAAUCAGAACAUCGCAUUCUCGACCAUUGGCGCCUUCAACCUAUUGACAGACCUUAUGAUCGUAUUUCUGCCAGUACGAUUCAUUUGGCAGCUCCAAAUGAACCUUGCAACCAAGUUGGCUCUGUUCAGUAUUUUCGGCCUGGGACUCUUCAUUGCAUCCAUCACCAUCAUCCGCAUUCGCGUCCUCACCACCACAGACUUCAGCGACCUCCCCUACAACAUGAUCUGGGCCGCAUUCUGGAGUGUCACUGAGCCCGCGCUUGCGAUCGGAAACUCCUGCGCGCCGAUGCUUCGACCAGUGGUGAAAGCGAUCUUCCCCAACUUAUUCCUCAGCGACAAGGUCGACUACUACGGAAACUCGUUGCCAGUGAGCGCCCCACGAAACCUCAAGGUCGACCGAGCAAAGCAAGGCACUGAGGCGGAUGGCGAGAUCCCCCUCACACGAAUGGAGGACGCUUCACACUCAAUAUCCAUGUACGAUGGCUCUACGCACGAGGGCUCGCAAGAUGGAUGCGAGGCCUCCUUCUCCCAUAGGCCCAAGGCAGAACACCCUGUAUGA